UUGAGCAAAUGCAUGCAUAUCCAAACACAAGAAACAGAAAGCAAUUGAAAUAGCAGUAUCAGAAAGCAAUUGAAUUCACAGUAAGCUGAGGAUGGCCGGGAAGGAGGCGCAGAUAAGCUUGAAAUUGUUGGUAGACACGAAGGCAAACAAGGUUCUGUUUGCAGAAGCAGGGAAAGAAUUUGUGGAUUUCAUCCUCCACAUGAUGUCUUUGCCCCUUGGAACUGUUGUCAAACUCUUGAACCAGAAAAAAAUGGUGGGUUGCCUUGGAGAUCUCCACAAAAGUGUUGAAUCUCUCAACAAUCAGUACUUCAACUCAGAUCUCAACAAGGAUUUAGUACUGAAUCCUAAAACAGCGGUCAAUGUUCCUUUGUUGUCACUGAAUGAGGCUCCAGCUGCCAACACUAGUCCUAAGAAAUUCUACAAGUGUGGUUAUUGUGGUAGUUUCAACUCUAUAACUGAACACAGAGGUGCAAAGUGUCCUAAUUGUUCCAACCAAAUGACUACAGAGGUGAAGUGUGUCGUUGUCGAGACUGCAGGUUCGGCGACAUCUUCAAGCGGAGGAAGUGGGGGAUCCGGAUAUGUAAAGGGAGUAGUGACAUACAUGGUGAUGGAUAACUUGGAAGUUAAGCCAAUGUCUACCAUUUCUGGGAUCACACUCAUGAAUAGGUUCAAUAUUAAGGAUGUCUCUUCCUUGGCAGAAAUGGAGGUUCAAGUUGGUCUCAAAGAGGGAUUGGCAAUACUGAAAGCGUCCUUGGAGACCAAAGCUGUGCUGACUCUUGUCUUCCUCGGAAAGAAGAUCUAGUGUGUUCAAGAUUUCAUAUGUUUUAAAUAUCUAAUGGGAUUAUGCAUAAUGUAUAUAUAUAUAUGCAUGUAAUUGUAUGGUGGAAUUUGCAUUUUGGAUGAUUAGGCAUGCAUAUAUCGGGAUCACCUGAUGUUUAGGUAUCUUUUGCUGAAGAUGAUGCAUGUACUAAUCGAUCUUAGAAUUGAAGUUUAUGGUUUCAUGUUUUUAGGAUAAUAGGAUGGGAAUCUGCCUUUUGUGGUGUUGAUGUUGUAAAGUUAACCCAGCUUGCAUGUUGUAAUACUAGUAUAUCAAUAUAUGUUUGAUGUAUG